GUGUGUAGUUUUGCUUUCAAGUGUGGUAUUUACGGUAUAUUGCUGUGCUGAUUCUGUGCCAUGGGGUUGCGUGUUUUAUUACUAGAUAUUCCUGCAGAUUUCGCAUUGAGUCGUCAAAGUUGUGAGUGUGAGGAAAAUGGAAAUAUGCGAAGGCGACAUCGCGCACUUAAAGGAUUGGCAACUGCGCACCGUAUGCUCCACCCGGACUUGCAGGACCUGGGUCUAUGGGCCUCCAUGAAUUGAACAAAACAAGAUUGUUUUUUACAAAAAAUUAAGAACCCUGAUAACCAGGAAUCGCAUAAAUUCUACAUUAAUACUGUAGGUACAAAAUUUG